CCAUCGAGUUGAUUUGCACAUUGCUGGUUUUUGUUUUCUCAGCCAGAGAUUCAUCGCCUUUUGUAUCACUGAGGUUUUUGGUCUAAGGGCAAUCUAUAUUGGAUUUUUCUUAUGAAAUCUCUUGGUGACUUCCAUUUUUACCAUCGAUAGUUAGAGUCAGGUAAGCAUUCCUUUGGUUUUUUCAUGUUUACUCUAGGGGCAUCAUGUUGCAUGGCUAUAGUGGCUAUAUUGAAGGCUAAUGGCUUGGUUUGGAUUGUCCAUUAUAGGGUUUAUGUUUUACCGUUUCUUUUGUAAUGCAAUGGGAUAAUGACUUUCCAUUAUAUUAUUGUGGCAUUGUUGACCUACCUCUGGCCAUCGCCGCAUACAUAUUAACGAGUAAUAUCAAUUACAAUCAAAGAGUCAAUUUUCGAGACUGCAUCCGGCCAAAGGCCGGGCAAUGAGCUAGUUAGCAGUAAACUAUGCUUAAGGAUCAUUAUUUUGCCGCAAACUACGUAGUGCUUAUAAGCUAGUGAUGAGAUAGCCAAGUCCAAGUACCUCUUUCCACUUAGUUGGGCCUUGUUUUCUGGGCCCAGGCUCAGCACAAUCUUCCCGUUUGGACUUUGGAGAAAUUUUCCGCUUCUUUCCAUUAGCCCAAAUUCAAUUAAAAAAAAAACAAAAUAUUAGAUUAUUUGUAAAACGAAGAAGCUCGGAGUUCAAGCUCUGUUCUGUUCGUCUUCUCCGGAAGUCGCCGCCGACGGUGAUAUUCCAUCCUAGUUCCAAUGCCACCUAAUCUGCACAACACUCACGUAAAGCUCCUUGCUUUUGAUCUCCUCUCCCUCACCCAAACACCGAAUCCGCAUUCCUCUUCGUCGGACACUAUCUCCUUCUCUCGCCGCGGCAGUCCCCUCUCCCGCGUCGAGAUCCUCGGUACCGUCACCUUCCGCGACUCCAAACCGGGAAAAUUCCUCAAAUUCUCCAUCGACGACGGGACCGGAUGCGUCCCCUGCAUACUCUGGCUCAACCACUUGACCUCCACUUACUUCUCCCGCCGACGCCCACAAGAUGUUCGAUUAAUUGCCCAUGUGGCCAGCGACUUCGCCUCGCUCAUCAAGAUCGGGGCAGUGGCCAGGAUCCGCGGCAGGGUCACUGGAUACCGAGGAUCGGUGCAGAUUACCGUAUCAGACGUCUUGAUCGAGAGAGACCCUAAUGUGGAAACCUUGCACUGGCUGGAUUGUAUGCGCCUGGCCGGCAAAUGUUACGACCCCCUGCCCCAUCGCAAGUAACUAUUUCAAAGUGGUAAGCUUUUUUCCCGUCUCUCAAGCAUUCCUAGCUUUAUUAUGAUGGGCUAUUUUAGUAACUCGGUUUCCAUGAAUGGACGGGUGUGUAGACAUGGUUGGUGUUAGUUUGGAGUGCUGUUGACGUAUCUUUUUGAACACGAUGAUAGUUGGGGAAAUGGAAGGUUGAUGUUAACUCAUCAGUGUGGACUGUGGAGCCAUGUUUUAGACUUUACAGAACAAAGAGAAGGUAGCUAUAGGAGGCUAUAGCGGACGAAUCAGUACUUGAAGUAGAUGGUAACAUUUUAAGGUUCUUGUCAUGUGAGAAUGGAAUCCCACCACAUGAUGGGGAAAACUUGGAGCCUACCUCCUCUUACGUAUCAGUUGAAGAAGCUGAGUCUGGUUGGCUCGGGUCGCUUACUUCUCUUCAUUGUCCCAAGUUUGUCGGUUUGAUUGGAUAGAGACUAGAGAGUUUCCAAUGUGGUGCAGUGGAUGGAUACUCUUGAACCUUAAGUUGGUUAAGUACUUCUUUCACAUCUGCUGGCUUAAUCCGGCCUAAUUCCUAUUCUACUAGAGUUCUAGGGGGAAGAUAGUAUAGGUUAACUGUACAUGUUACUGCAAUGGAUAAGCAUUCUGGUCUUAUUAUGCACACUGUGCCUCUGCUACUUCACUAGUCAUUCCCUGUGGUUCCUCCCAUGAAAGAGUUGAAGAAAGCCUUAACUAGAUUCCUUCUCGUAUUGGGUCUCUGACUCUCUGUUAACUUGUUACUGGAGAUUAACUGGUGAUUGUGCUGCCAUAACAAAAACUGGUGAUAUUUCCGCUGCAAAGCGUAUUCAUGAACUUACCUCAUUGCAGUGCUGUAAUUUAGCAGCAUUCAUUAAAAAGUUUAUGUUUGCUUCAUUCAGCUUCACACAGGCUUUAAAAACAUGGGACUUGAAAUGUUAAACAAACACACUACUUUCAUUUAACUUCCGAAAACAACCAUUCACCCUAGUCCCACUAAGUAGCAAUAAUAACGUCUAAAGGUCAUCUCACUAAAACUAUUCGCUUUUGCCCUGGCUUUAAAUGGCAUCGGUGAUAUUGCUGAACAAAUUAUUUGGCAUCUCAGUACUUGCAUUUUAUGACUAAAAUACAUUUCUGAUCUCACAUUCCGAUCGAACCGAUUUUAUUUCAAAACUCUAAUUACAGAGUACACUUGUGCUUUACUUUUUGCUGCACUGACUUACUUUGAAUCAAAAGCGAGCGCAAUAGUAUUGAAAGAUCUCAUCUCAGCCUGGUUUACCUUGAUGUUAUCAAUCAGCACACGCCAGUUUCUGCUAUUGCCCAUUGGAAUGGUAACAUAGGUGUGGUACCCCAAAUUCUGUCUGUCUAAUCUUGGUGAUGAUUGGGUUAUAAUGAAGAAUAAUAUUCUUAAUCCUGUAUGUCUGUGUCUGCUUGUCUCUAAUUUCACAUUAUUAAGCAUUGAUGUCAACAGGUGGCUACAGCAAAUCAUAGUACUGGAAAAAACCAAACGUUUGCAGGAGGGGAAAGGCCCAGAUGAAGGGAAGGCGUGGGUGGACUUGAUAUGUGAUUUGAUGUUCGAAAAUAUGGAUGCCUGAGAGGAAGUGUACUUGUGGAAGAAAAGAGAGGCAAGGCAGAGAAGAAUGGAGGGUUGAAAGUUGAAACGCAUUGAUUCCUUUUUUAUUUAAUGGAGGUGAAAACAGAAGUGAAAAGCUUCACAUCAGCGGGAUUAACAAGAGAGUUAUGGGGGUUUGCCUUUGCCUCUUUUACUUUGCUUAUGGGGUUUCCUUUCUUGGCCGUGUGGCAGAAGCACGUCGCCAUCGUUUGAGCUUGAAUUGGGAAUGAGUCCUUCACGCUCUCACUACUCCCUCUUUAUCACCCAAACUCCCAUAUUAUUACAAAGGUUUCAGAUUGAAUUGAAGGGUCUUUUUUAAGCGUAACGUCUGGCUCCCAGAUCUCACUCCAGCCUGGUCGUGCUCGGCAUUCUCUCAAGUUCUUAACCCAGAAGAGGCUUUAGAAUUUGGUAUUAGUAUUUAGUAUGGCUAUUAUUCUGAAAUUUAAGCUUGCCUAGGCCUCUAAAUCUAUGCUAUCUUUAAUUUUAGUUGUCAAACGAGACGUGUACAUUUGCUCAAAAUGGUUUGUUUCGCGUCAUUAUGUGCAAAAUGACUCAUCACUUUGCCACAUAAAAUAAAACAUGGGUAGGUCA